AUGGAUUUCAUCAAGACCAGUUCCCUGCGUGCUCUGAUUGAGUUAACUUUCCAACGCAACUGGAAUGGCCUCAUUUGGAUGAGUAGAAAAGGAGUUACAACCAAAAGAGUGAAGACUGUCCAGACGGCUCUAUCGAGAAUCAGCGCCCAAACCGCGCAGUCCGGCUGGCCGAGAAACGAUUGUUUCACGCUCGGCCAAAUCACAUCCGUCCGUCUGAAGUCUCGGCCAAAGUUCCAAACCUCGGCCGAUCACGCAUCACGACCCGGGAAACAGUCCCGCGGUCGGCCACGCCACAACCGCCACGCCACGCGCACACAUGCCGCGCGAGCCGGGAAACAAGCCUCGCGGCCGCGCAACCUUCUCGCGUACCACGGCCGAUGCGCCGUCCGAGCCGGGAAACGUCCCGCGUCCGGCCGAGAAUUCAUCGGCCAAUCUUCAUCCGUCCGACCACGGCCGACCACGAAUCCGUCCGGCCACGACCUUUCAAAGUACCAUCCACCACUUCCUGCAAGGAAUGACUAUGAGAUCAAGCCUCAGAUCAUUGCAUUGGUUAGACAGAACCAAUUCAAUGGACUUCCAGCUGAGCAUCCUCUUGAUCACAUAGAAAACUUUGAAGAAAUUUGCAGCACUACAAGAUCCAAUGGAGUCUCUGCUGACUACCUUAAGUGCAAGCUCUUUUCAUUCUCUCUUGGCGACAAAGCUUCAAGAUGGUUGAAGUCUCUGCCAGCUCACUCCAUCACCACUUGGGAUGAGUACAAGGCUGCAUUCAUCAACCACUUCUACACCAAACAGAGAUCAAUUUCUGUGAGAAACAAGAUCUCCACUUUCGCCAAGGCAACAAUGAAUCUUUCUAUGAGGCGCUAG